UGCAAAAAUAUAUAAUACAAUAAUACAAGCCAACUGCAAAACAGAACGGACCACAAAAAGGCAGUUAAAAAAUACACCAAUAAAUAAAUCCGAAAAAAAAUCGAAAAACAUAAGCAUAAACUAAACAUAAACAUCAACAAAACAUCACAUCGUCAGCUAUAAAAUAAAAUAACACCAAAAAAAGAGAACAACAAAAAAAAACAAUAAAAAAGAUAAACCAAAAGAAGAAGCGCCACCAGGAGGAGCUGGAAAGUAGGAGGAGGAGUGCCAGAGUGCGCGAGAGUUGGUGGGGCUGAGAUUCUCUGAGCCCGGGCGAGAGUGUUGCGCCGCGUGGUGGAUCUGGAUCCAGAGUGCCCAGCAUUACCCAGUGUAUAUAGUUUCACACACGGAAGUCGCAAGUCACCCAAGUCACCCAAGUCACCCAAGUCGCCCCAGUUCGCCUGUACCCUGUACUCACUCCUUUCUCCACGAUAAAUAACCCUUCCAAAACGACAACAACGUUGCCACCUCUGCCAAAAAUAAUAAUCGUUGGGGCACAGCCACAGCCACAGCCAGCUGCUCCGUGCUCCAUGCUCCCAAAUGCUCCCGAGCUUCUCGCGUAAUUGGCCUCUCGAGUUAAAUGUCCAGUUGCUGCCGCUAUCGUGCCAUGCGAACGGCGUGUCACUCCCGACAAAUGCGUAUUGUGGUUCACCUUGUGUAAAAUAAUUAUGGCCGAGCGGUCGUUACAAAAGUAUCAGAAAUUGGAUAUAGUGACGGUUGGAAGCGGCUCAGGAAGCAGUGCUAGCAGGGCAUCAACAGGACUCCUUAGGCGGGGGGCACUUGGGUCGAAAGGGAGCCCAUCGCUUAGCUGAUAGAAUGGGUGGCCCGAAAAAAGAAGAAAACCCACCAGGUGGUGGUCCGACGUCAUUGUUUAUCCUAACCGAGGAUAACCCAAUUAGAAAGUACACACGAUUCAUCAUUGAAUGGCCGCCCUUUGAAUACGCUGUGUUAUUGACAAUCAUAGCCAACUGUGUUGUGUUGGCGCUAGAGGAGCACUUGCCGGGUGGCGACAAGACAGUAUUGGCUCAAAAAUUGGAAAAAACGGAGGCCUAUUUUUUAUGCAUUUUCUGUGUAGAAGCAUCGCUCAAGAUCCUCGCCCUAGGGCUUGUUCUGCAUAAACACUCCUAUCUCAGGAAUAUUUGGAACAUCAUGGAUUUUUUCGUUGUAGUGACGGGAUUCAUGACACUGUACCCACAAAUAGGGCCCGAGGUAGACCUAAGAACACUUAGAGCCAUUCGUGUGCUACGGCCCUUAAAAUUAGUGUCUGGAAUUCCUAGUUUACAAGUAGUUUUAAAAUCUAUAAUCAAGGCGAUGGCACCUUUACUGCAAAUCGGUCUCUUGGUGUUGUUUGCAAUCGUAAUAUUUGCAAUCAUUGGACUCGAGUUUUAUUCGGGCGCACUGCAUAAGACUUGUUAUAGCUUAGAAGAUCCAAAUAAACUAGUGAAGGAGGGCGAAUCAGAGACACCCUGCAACACGGACAACAGCACAGAGAAGGCAGGCGGCUCCUUUGUAUGCAACAACACCACAAGCAUGUGUCUGGAGAAAUGGGAUGGACCAAAUUCAGGCAUUACGAGUUUCGAUAAUAUUGGAUUCGCCAUGUUGACCGUAUUCCAAUGUAUCACAAUGGAGGGCUGGACGUCAAUACUCUAUUGGACCAACGACGCAUUAGGUUCAACAUUUAAUUGGAUAUAUUUCGUGCCUCUUAUAGUUAUAGGCUCAUUUUUUAUGCUCAACUUAGUUCUUGGUGUCUUGAGUGGAGAGUUUUCAAACGAACGUAACCGCGUCGAGCGUCGCAUGGAGUUUCAGAAAUGCCGUUUUCGUGCCAUGUUUCAGACAGCAAUGGUCUCGUACCUUGACUGGAUCACACAAGCAGAGGAGGUGAUACUAGCCGAAGAGCGAACAACAGAGGAGGAGAAAAUGCACAUAAUGGAGGCACGAAGACGUAAUGCAGCCAAGCGGAAAAAGCUGAAAAGUUUGGGCAAAUCGAAAUCAACAGACACUGAAGAGGAGGAAGCCGAGGAGGACUAUGGCGAUGAUGGUUAUCUGAAAACUCGCUCGAAACCUCAAGGCAGUUGUACGGGAUUCUGGAGAGCGGAGAAGAGAUUUCGCUUCUGGAUCCGUCACACGGUGAAGACGCAGUGGUUCUACUGGUUCGUGAUCGUACUCGUCUUUCUGAACACAGUCUGCGUGGCCGUCGAGCACUAUGGCCAGCCCUCGUUCCUCACAGAAUUUCUGUAUUAUGCGGAAUUCAUAUUCCUCGGUCUCUUCAUGUCGGAGAUGUUCAUCAAGAUGUACGCGCUGGGGCCCCGCAUUUACUUUGAGUCGUCGUUCAACCGUUUUGAUUGUGUUGUCAUUAGUGGUUCGAUAUUCGAGGUGAUCUGGUCCGAGGUCAAGGGCGGCUCGUUCGGUCUGUCCGUGCUGCGUGCGUUGCGACUACUGCGCAUCUUCAAAGUAACCAAAUACUGGUCAUCGCUGCGCAAUUUAGUCAUCUCACUGCUGAACUCAAUGAGAUCAAUUAUCUCGCUGCUGUUCCUGCUCUUCUUGUUCAUACUGAUAUUCGCACUGCUUGGCAUGCAGCUAUUUGGCGGCCAGUUCAAUCUGCCCGGAGGCACGCCCGAGACCAAUUUUAAUACAUUCCCGAUUGCCCUGUUGACCGUAUUCCAAAUUCUCACUGGCGAGGAUUGGAACGAAGUCAUGUACCAGGGCAUCAUAUCGCAAGGUGGUGCACAGAAAGGAAUGAUUUACUCUAUAUACUUUAUCGUUUUGGUACUCUUCGGUAAUUACACGCUCUUAAAUGUUUUCUUGGCUAUCGCCGUUGAUAAUUUGGCGAAUGCACAAGAGUUAACAGCAGCCGAAGAGGAACAAGUCGAAGAGGAUAAAGAGAAACAACUGCAAGAACUUGAAAAGGAAAUGGAGGCCCUCCAGGGCGAUGGUGUCCACGUGGAGAACGGCGAUGGCACUGUAGCCGUAACGAAAGGCAAAAGCAAAAAGAAGGAGGAGGAGAAAAAGGAGGAGGAGGAAGUGACGGAGGGACCGAAACCAAUGUUGCCAUACUCAUCGAUGUUUAUACUCUCACCAACCAAUCCCAUACGACGCGGCGCCCAUUGGGUUGUUAAUUUGCCAUAUUUUGAUUUCUUCAUUAUGGUCGUCAUCUCAAUGUCAUCAAUAGCAUUAGCAGCCGAAGAUCCCGUUCGUGAGAACUCGAGGCGAAACAAGAUAUUGAAUUACUUUGAUUAUGCAUUUACCGGCGUAUUCACGAUAGAAAUGUUGCUGAAAAUUGUAGACUUGGGUGUGAUACUGCACCCUGGCAGCUAUUUAAGAGAAUUCUGGAAUAUUAUGGAUGCUGUGGUCGUUAUAUGCGCUGCUGUUAGUUUCGGUUUCGAUAUGAGCGGUAGCAGCGCUGGACAAAAUUUAUCGACUAUUAAAUCGCUACGUGUAUUGCGUGUACUCCGGCCAUUGAAGACCAUUAAGCGUGUACCAAAAUUGAAAGCCGUCUUCGAUUGCGUCGUGAACUCAUUGAAAAAUGUUGUUAACAUUCUAAUCGUGUACAUAUUGUUUCAAUUUAUAUUUUCUGUUAUUGGAGUACAAUUGUUCAAUGGAAAAUUUUUUUAUUGUACGGACGAAAGUAAACAUACUUCCGCAGAGUGCCAGGGCUCGUACUUCAAGUACGAGGAGGAUGAACUGCUGCCCAGACAGGAGCUGAGGGUAUGGAAGCCAAGGGCCUUCCACUACGACAACGUUGCGGCCGCUAUGCUGACACUAUUCGCUGUCCAGACCGGCGAGGGAUGGCCACAGGUCUUGCAACACUCAAUGGCUGCCACUUAUGAAGAUAGGGGUCCAAUCCAAAAUUUCCGGAUCGAAAUGUCCAUAUUUUAUAUUGUCUAUUUUAUUGUAUUUCCAUUCUUCUUCGUCAACAUAUUCGUGGCCUUGAUUAUUAUCACAUUUCAAGAGCAAGGCGAAGCUGAGUUACAAGAUGGUGAAAUUGACAAGAACCAGAAAUCCUGCAUUGAUUUCACAAUCGGAGCCCGACCACUCGAGCGUUAUAUGCCCAAAAAUCGGAACACUUUCAAAUACAAAGUAUGGCGCAUUGUUGUCUCAACGCCAUUUGAGUACUUUAUAAUGAUGCUGAUCGUGUUCAAUACGCUCUUGCUGAUGAUGAAGUAUCAUAAUCAGGGUGAUAUGUAUGAAAAGUCACUCAAGUACAUCAACAUGGGAUUCACAGGCAUGUUUAGCGUUGAAACUGUGCUCAAGAUCAUUGGAUUCGGUGUCAAGAACUUUUUCAAGGAUCCGUGGAACAUAUUCGAUCUGAUUACCGUGCUGGGCAGCAUUGUGGAUGCCUUGUGGAUGGAAUUUGGGCACGAUUCGAACUCAAUCAACGUCGGCUUCCUGCGUUUGUUUCGUGCGGCGCGUCUUAUCAAACUACUCCGUCAAGGAUACACAAUACGAAUUCUCCUGUGGACAUUUGUACAAUCAUUUAAAGCACUUCCAUAUGUCUGUUUGCUUAUAGCCAUGCUAUUCUUUAUAUACGCCAUUAUUGGCAUGCAGGUGUUCGGAAAUAUCAAACUAGGUACAGUGGAAAAUUCCAUUACUAGGCACAACAACUUCCAAUCAUUUAUUCAAGGCGUCAUGUUGCUCUUCAGAUGUGCAACGGGCGAGGCAUGGCCAAACAUAAUGCUGGCCUGCCUCAAGGGCAAAGCCUGUGACGAGGACGCCGAGAAGGCCCCGGGCGAGUACUGCGGAUCAACGCUGGCCUAUGCCUACUUCGUAUCGUUUAUAUUCUUUUGUUCGUUUCUAAUGUUGAAUCUGUUCGUCGCCGUCAUCAUGGAUAAUUUUGAUUAUCUCACAAGGGACUCCAGUAUAUUGGGUGCUCAUCACUUAGACGAAUUUGUGCGCAUAUGGGCGGAAUAUGAUCCAAAUGCGACUGGUAAAAUACACUACACGGAAAUGUACGACAUGCUUAAGAAUAUGGAUCCACCGCUGGGAUUUGGUAACAAGUGUCCCAAUCGGCUGGCCUACAAGAAACUGAUCAGAAUGAAUAUGCCGCUGGACGAUGAGCUGAGAGUCCAGUUUACCACAACGUUGUUCGCUUUGAUUCGGGAGAAUCUAAGCAUUAAAAUGCGAGCGCCUGAGGAGAUGGAUCAGGCGGACAUGGAGCUCAGGGAAACCAUUACGAACAUUUGGCCACUGCAGGCGAAGAAGAUGCUGAAUCUGCUGGUGCCACCGCUCGAUCAGCUGAAUAAGGGGAAGCUUUCAGUUGGUAAAAUCUACGCUGGGUUCCUCAUACUGGAGUCCUGGCGUAACACGAGGUUCGGCCAGAUUGAUUCGGGCAUGCCGAAACAAUCAUUCUUUAACUGCCUGCUCGAUAUGGCCGCCCUCGACAAAGGAGGAUCGCGUCAGAAUUCCAUAAGCUUCGAGGCGAAUGGGGAAGGAGCCGCCAACUCACAGACACAUUUGUUAGCGAGCACGCACCAUCACCACCACGCAAACGGUGAUGCCGAACACAACAGUUUGGCAACACUAGCACGGCGGAGUACGAUCAGAAAGCGAUCAGUUAGAACCAAAAAGAUGCUGGAGCUGCAAGAUGCGUCUAGACGUCCUUCACAGGAGUCGCUUACCGGUGCCGAUGCUGGCCAUUUACAUCCUGGACAUUCGUACAUGAACGGCCAUCGGCGAUCGCCUAGUUUGAGGCACAAUGGCUCGCCACUUGUCAGAUCUCCAAGUCCUCGUCGACGUGGCCAUCAAUAUAUACAUCAUGAUAUCGGAUUCUCCGAUACCGUAUCUAAUGUUGUAGAGAUGGUCAAGGAGACACGUCAUCCUAGGCAUGGCAACAGCCAUCCGCGGUAUCCAAGAGGUUCAUGGUCAGCAUCGACAAGUCCGGCCCGUUCGCCUUCGCCUUCUCGUUAUGGUGGUCAUUUGUCUCGCAGUAAACGCACUCAACUGCCUUAUCCCACAUAUGGGACAACAAGUCUAUGUCAAAGGUCACGAUCGCCGAGUCCCGCUCGACUUCAGGAGAUGCGUGAACGAGACAGACUUGGUUAUGGGAUUGAUAUGGGUGGCACGCAUGUGCAGCAUAGCUACCCAACGCUAGCCUCCCGUCGUGCUGGAAUUGGACGACGCCUACCACCGACGCCAAGCAAACCGUCAACACUGCAGCUCAAGCCAACCAACAUUAAUUUCCCCAAGCUGAAUGCGAGUCCAACUCACACGCACCACUCAACGCCCCACAGUGUUCACUCGCUGCCGCAUCAUCGUGACCUGCUGCGGGACCCUAGAGAUAUGUAUUAUAGUAGUAGAGAUCGCGAGCGGGAUCGCGAACGCCAGGAUCGGGAUCGGGAUCGGGAUCGCCUGCACGAGUAUGACCUGCGCUUCGAGUACAGAGAUCGGGAGCGUGAGUUGUAUGAGCGAGAGCGUGAUCGCGAAAGGGAGGUGGAAAGAGAAAGACUGGAAUAUAUAGCACCGCUGUCGUUUGAGCAAGCGUUGGCUAUGGGCCGAACAGGUCGUGUACUGCCAUCUCCAGUUCUAAAUGGUUUUAAGCCAAAGAGCGGACUUAAUACACGACAUUCCGAUUCCGACGAGGAGGACUGGUGCUAGCAAAGGCUUUGAUUGCGAUCGCGUAAUCGAAAGGAUCAGAUCUGGGUAUAACAUCAGGCCAUAUGCUCAUCGUAUUCAGCACCAAAUUUAGAUCACAAUUUUGAUACGAUACGACGCAUAAAUCAACAACACCAAUACCAACACUUACACCAACACUUGAACCAACACCUACACCGACAAACACCAAUCAAUCAUCGGUAUGUAGAUGUACCAAGAUCCACUUUAACACUAACCCACACCAACACCAAAACCCACACCCACACCACACUAACACCAGACACCAACAUGAAAUUGGCUGAAGGAGAAGAAAGCUUACACAAAGAAUCAAAAAACCCAAAUCGACAACCGCAAUCGCAACGAGCAAACGAUGAACAGCAAAUACAACAACUAUUAGUAUCACAACAACAACAACAACAACAAGAACAACAAGAACAGCAACAGCAACAUGAAUGGCUACCAUGCUGCCACAAGCCGUACGAAUCCUCACUGAUGGCAAUCUCAUUGCCGGAAACAAGAACAACCUCGCCCCACUUUAAUUAUGAAGAAUUCAUAGGAACUAUACCAAGGACUAGAUCUAGAACAACAAUAACAACAGCAAUCGACAACACCACAACAGCAACACCAAGGACAACAAGACAACAUGAAAACGAAGCAAUGAUAUUAAGAGUACCAAUUACAAUAACAACACCACUAGCUAUUAAAAAGAUCUAUUCGGAUAAUGACAUUAAUUAUAAUGCUAUAUCCGAUCUACAUGAUGGUUGGAUACAAACAGCAUCAGCAGCAUCAGCAGCCCAUCAUUAUCACCAGCCAGCAGAACAGACACAGCAAUCACAGCAGCAGCAGCAACAUCACCCGCACCAUCCGCUCUAUUCGUAUCAUACGCUAUAAGGGAAGGGGGGAUGAUGAUGAUGAUGAACAGAAGCCAGAACCAGAAACCGCUGAAAGUGUAACUUUAAUUGUAACUGAAACUGAAAUGAGAUGUAAAAAGUACGAGAGAUCAAGGAAUAGGAGAAUGGAAGAUCGCUAGGAGUAACAGGAGGAGAAUAAGAGAAUAUAAAUAGGUAU